CAACAAUUACAAAAUUAUCUAAAUAGUGCAGAGACAACUGUUGUCAUUUUGUAGUUUUUAAGGUGUUUUUUGUUGCAAACAAAGUGAGAUUUUUUAUUUAAAUAUUCAAAAAGUUUAUAAUAAAGUGAGUGCAAGCUAUAAUUAUGGAGGAUAUAUUCCACUGGUGUCGUGAAGGCAAUUCAAUCCAAGUGCGCCUUUGGCUGGAUGAGACAGAGCAUGAUAUGAAUUUGGGAGAUGAUCAUGGUUUUAGCCCAUUGCACUGGGUGGCCAAGGAGGGACAUGCAAAACUGGUGGAGACUUUGCUGCAGCGUGGAGCCCGGGUGAAUGCCACAAAUAUGGGUGAUGAUAUACCCUUGCAUUUGGCUGCCGCUCAUGGACAUCGUGAUGUCGUUCAGAUGCUCUUGCGUGAACGCUCAGAUGUAAAUGCUGUAAAUGAGCACGGGAACACACCGUUGCAUUAUGCCUCCUUCUGGGGCUAUGACAUGAUCUGUGAGGAUUUGCUUAAUGCUGGCGCAUUGGUUAGCAUUGCCAAUAAGGAUGGGCAUACGCCAAUUGACAAGGCAAAGCCUAGCUUGGGCAAACGUCUGCAGGAUUUGGCUGAGAGAAGUGGACAAGAGAUGAAGGUGAUCAGUUUCAAGGAGCAGAGCUGGUUGGGCUUGAAGACCCGUUCAAGAGAUGCCACUUUGUCGCGUUUCAAGGGAAUCAGCAUGGGUGAUUUGGAUCUGCAUACGAAAUUAUCGGUGACGGCUUCCGGUGAAACCUGGCGUGGACGUUGGCAGAAAAAUGAUGUCAUUGCCAAGAUCUUGGCUGUGCGUCAAUGGUCGCCGAGAAUCUCGAGAGAUUUCAAUGAAGAGUUUCCCAAAUUGCGCAUUUUCUCGCAUCCAAAUAUAUUGCCCAUUAUUGGAGCUUGCAAUUCGCCACCGAAUCUAGUGGUGAUUAGCCAGUUUAUGCCACGCUCUUCGUUGUUUAAUUUACUGCAUGGAGCCACUGGUGUUGUGGUCGACACCAGUCAGGCAGUUCGUUUUGCUUUGGAUAUUGCCAGAGGCAUGGCUUUUCUGCAUUCUCUUGAACGUAUCAUACCCACUUAUCACUUGAAUAGUCAUCAUGUGAUGAUCGAUGAUGAUCUUACGGCUCGCAUCAAUAUGGGCGAUUGUAAAUUUUCGUUCCAAGAGAAGGGACGCAUCCAUCAGCCCGCCUGGAUGUCACCAGAGACAUUGCAGCGAAAGCCGGCGGAUCGUAAUUGGGAGGCAUGCGAUAUGUGGAGCUUUGCCAUACUCAUUUGGGAGUUGACCACUCGUGAAGUGCCUUUCGCUGAAUGGUCGCCAAUGGAAUGCGGCAUGAAAAUUGCCCUCGAGGGUCUUCGAGUGAAAAUACCACCAGGCACUUCAUCGCACAUGGCUAAAUUGAUAUCCAUAUGCAUGAAUGAGGAUCCUGGCAAGAGACCCAAAUUCGAUAUGGUUGUCCCUAUUCUAGAGAAGAUGAAGCGCUAACACCUAAGCAAAUGGACAAAUACCAAGCCAAAAUGUGCCUGUCAACAUAGAAAUGUUUGCCAACUAAUUAUAAAUUUACUUACUACUUUUUUUCGUGUCUGUUAACUCUAAUUUUUUUUUUUUUUGUUUAACUGAACUUAACUACAAAUUGAACAUAACUGUGCGAAAAGUGCCUUAAAAAUGUUGUUAAAGAAACAAAUGAAUUUACAGCUCGGUUUUUUGUAUACCAUAUACAUAUAUAUAUAUACAUAUAUAUCUCCCUCUCUCUGUUUUUGUACUUUUGUGUCUCGUUUUAUUAAAUGUCUCAUGUCUCUGAUGUUUAGGGUGCUGCUCGAUAUAUAUUUUUUUGUAUACUUUUUAAGUUGGUUGAAACCAUUUUAACUAUUAAGCUUGUAUUUAUAUAAAACGAAAUAUAAACAUAUUUGUUACUAAUUAAUUAAAAAAGAAGAAAACCUAUACAAAUUGUGUACGUACCCAAAAAUAAAAGGGAAAUUCGAACGAAA